AAGUAAUAAUGUUUAUUUUACAUCUGCAUUAACAUGGGUACAAACCUAUGUAAUUAUUUAAAAAAAAAAAAAAAAAAAAAAAAGAAUACGAAGCGAGUAAAUUGUUUGUACGAAACGAUGAGAUUUAAUUAAUUGACAAUAUAAAGUCUUUAUAACCGAAAAAUACCCGCGUUUGAUUCAAAACUUGGGUAUACAUUUCAUGUAUACCAAUUUAACGACGGGAAAUAACAGUUUAAAACAACACGAUGAAUUUACUAAUGCAUGAGAUAAAUUAAAGUACAAAUUAAACAGUAAAAAUUACAAGUAGGUAGGCUAAAGUAAAAUGACCAUCAGUCAAGAAGAGGAAAUGUAAUGGUAUACAUAUAAGAGAAGAAAAGGGAACGAAUCCUGUUUUCUUGGUUGCUAAUGCAUGGCAGAAGAUGAAAUUACCCCCUUGUUACCCGCCUUUUGCAAACUUUAUCUAGCCAUUGGUUCAGAAAUUACCUAAAUUGUUGAAAUGUGAUAGGUACAUAUACAGCAUAGCAUAAAUGUGGAUUCAAUUGUAAUUAUCAAACAGGUAUUCAACUUGAGCUUUUGCAAAUAUUUAUGCACUUUGAAUGAAGGAUACCAACCUGCAUUUGGAACAAUAAUGGGUGAUAUGGAAAACGAUAAUGAAUUCGGUCCUGAUACUACGAAAGAGAAAAACGAAAAAGGAUUAGAGAUGAAAACUGGAUUAGAUCUGACAGAAACAAAAUGUGGUAUCGGUUGCUUUUAUCCCGGAUGGUUGCAACUUUUAGCCAGCAAAAAAGUAUUCGUUGUAAUUUAUUCGUUAGCUGGAAUGCAGCUGGCUAUGCUGAGCUCAUAUCAUGUAGGAACCUUGAGUACUGUGGAAAAAAAUUUCAAUAUGUCGAGCCGAAUGAUCGGUAUGAUUUCAGCAGCUAGCCAUGUCAGUAACUUGUUUGCAAAUUUAGCGUUAACUUAUUUCGCUAGCAAAGGUCACCGCGCUCGAUGGAUCGCUUUAGCACUUCUUACAGUGUCAACUUCUUGCAUUGUCAAAACCUUACCAUAUCAUAUUUUCGGAGGAGGAGAAAAUAUCAAAUUAUACACGAAGGAAUACCAAGCUCUAGCUAACGUAACGGAUCUGCAUUCGGAAAAUAAUGUUGGCAUAGGAAACACAACUGCAAUUACUUAUUUACGCACUAAUAUAAACUGCAAACAAAGCGACGACGCUAGUUUUCCCGAUAGGAUGUCAUUUUACAUAUUUCUUUGUGCUCAGCUUCUCAUGGGAAUAGGUUCCUCGGUUUUCUGGACAUGUGGAUCAGUCUAUUUGGAUGAUAACGUUCGCAAAAAUGUGUUUCCAAUUUUAAUCGCAUUUUCGAACGUGAUGACAUUAUUAGGGCCUACGAUUGGCUUUUUACUAGCAUCGUUCAUGUUGAAGAUUUAUAUCAGUCCUAGCUCGACUCCAACGAUUACUCAUGAAGAUCCUAGAUGGAUUGGUGCUUGGUGGUUGGGUUGGUAUCCAAUUGCCAUAUCCGGCUUGGUGUGUGCGCUUGCUUUAUCCUUAUUUCCAAAAACAUUACCCAGAGCUGCAUUGAGAAAACUUGGUAAUCCUUCUCAUCCUAAAAGUAAUCAGGUAUCAUUCUCAGAUUUCACAAAUGUCAUCAAAAGGAUAUGUAAAAAUAAAAUCGUCGUGUACUGUUGUUUGGCUUCGGUGAAUUACUGUAUAGGGAUUUUAGCUUUUUGGACGUUUAUGCCUAAAUAUAUGGAAUCCCAGUUUAGAUUUACUCCAUCGCAAUCUAAUCUUUUAACCGGUUCCGCAAGUCUGGUGACAAACGUUUUAGGUAUUGCGUUUUCCAGUGUGGUGAUUACUAAAUUUAAACCACGAGCGAGAUAUCUAGCAGCUUGGAAUGUAGUUAUUGAUUUUUGCGAUUUCCUGAGUCGCGUUGUAUUAAUAUUUUUGAGUUGCGAAGAACCGAAAUAUCAUGGGCAUUGGAAUACUAAUAACAGCCUCUGGAAUUUGACAGAAGACUGUAAUAAGAACUUCAAUUGUGGAACUGAUAUUCAAUAUGCUCCGGUGUGUGAUACAUCUCGUGGUCUUUUAUUCUAUUCGUCUUGCCAUGCUGGAUGUUCUUCAUUUUCAAUGCUAAAUGGUACAAAGAUAUACAACAAUUGUAGCUGUGUUCCUGAUCUGAAUGCGAUAGUAAAAGAUGGAAUGUGUCCGGUGGAUUGCUCGACGAAUAUUACAUUGUUUUUCGUAAUGAUUUUUAUUUUAGGUUUUACAUCGGCCUCAGGAUGGUCAGCAUAUACGUUGAUACAAUUUAGAGCCGUUGAUGAGAAAGAUAAAUCAAUGGCGAUUGGAUUCACCACCACAGUGUUGAAUUUAUUAGCGUUAAUGCCAGCCCCAAUCCUAUAUGGAAUGAUCAUGGACUGGACUUGCAUAGUCUGGGGAGACCACUGCGGAUCCAGAGGAAAUUGUUGGAUUUACGACAUCAAGAAAUUAAGACUUGGUUUCAAUGUGACUUCGGGCGCAUUCUUGUUCGUGGCAACCAUUUUUGAUUCUGUUGUGGUGUAUUACGUUAAAGGACUGAGAAUUUACGACGAAGAUUUCAUGGAAGAUUCAAAGCGUACUACAACGACUGAUCAGAUUCUGGAGAAAAAAGUCAAUGCAGAUGACAAACAUGAAAACAACGUUGAGUUAUCUCUCAUGUUUAAAAAUAAAGAUGCUCGUGAAAAGCUUGAAUCGUAGAAAAGACAAUAGGUACUAUGACAUCACAAUUUUUCUAUAGAAAAAAAACUUACAAUCGCAAAGAAUUUAGGGAAACGAAAAUACUUACUAUUUACAAUUAAUGAGUCAUAUUAUGUUUUUCGUUCAACGUACGAGGUACUUAAUGGUAAGAUUAUUUCGUGCCCGUUGUAGCGACGUUUCACAGGCAACUCAUUUAGGAAUUAUUUAUUUCGUUAACAUUUUUCAAAGUUGCACGUAAAUUGAUUGAGUUAUUAGAAAAAUAUUACUUAAUGCAAAAUAUCGAUGCAUAAAAAGGUUAAAACCCACCAGUGUUGAUUUUCAGUAUAGAAAAAUAUUUUUAUAGGUAUAUAAAAUUAAUAAUCAAUUUUUAUUAAAAUCAAGUUAGGUAUAGUUAAAUAAAAUUUUAAUUAAGAAAAAUAAAAAAUAAAAAAAUUUAUAUUUUCUAUACAAAUUAUUUUUUUUAAUAAUAAUUUUUUUCGUGCAUGUUUUAAAAUAAAUAUUUCCACCAAACUUCAGAAUAUUCUGAAAUUGCUUACGAUCUUUCCAACAAGAUUUGUUUAAUUUUUUUUUUUUUCAAUUUAAAUUUCGGUUGUUGGAUUGUGGAUGUUAAAGGCUAAGACGCCGGAUGUCGUUAAUUGAUGAUGAUGAUGAUGAUAUUACCUACUGAGAAAUUUCAUUCUCCAUCAUUCUCGUGUGAAGUUUGUUGAAAAAAAAAAAUUGCAGAAAUAUGUACAUAAAUUUCAUAUCGUCAUCUUUCAAUUGCUAAUUAUCUACAACAACGAUCUCGUUCGUAAAUAUUAAAACCAAUUGAUUUUUAAAAACGAAUAAAAUUUUGAAAAAUUAUCACAGUUUAUUCAACAUAAGAUAUAACACUGUUAUCGAGAUAGAUUAAUACAAAUAAUACUCUUUAUACAAUAAAUUUUUAACAACAGCGUGAGUAAAUGAAGUUCCAACGUACAAAUCGUUCAGUAUUUACUGUUCCCUUUCCGCUCACACUACGAACAAAAACGUCCAUUAUACGUCCAUUAUAUACUCAUUAUCAUCAAUUUAGAGUGUUGAAUAUAGGCACUUGAUUAGAACUCAAAAAGAUGGCUUGACACUAAUGGGGUAAUUCAAUUUCACGUUUAAAUGAUAAAUUACUUUUUGAGUAUUCAAAAUGAGAUUCUUAAGUAUUUCAUUUUAAGCAAAAAAAAAAAAAAAAAAAAAAUGUACAUUACACAAUAAAAUAAAAUGAAAAUAAAAACUUGAUAAAAAAUGUUAUCCGUAACGCUUUCAAAUACCAUCGAAAUAUUUUUAAAUGUGAUAUUAUUAAAUGUAAUACUACAACGGUUAUUUUUUGACAUUUUUUUGGUACAUUAUUAUAAACAUAACGUUACGUCGUAAAUUUACGCAUAUUCCGAAAUUAUUAUUGUCUAACAAAUGCGAAUAACCGAAUCAUAUAAUACUGUUCGUAAGAACUGGGCUCUAUCCUCACUAUGUACAUAUGUAUAUCGCGAAA